AUGUGUUAUUUUAAUCGUUUAUCAGCGAUUUCACCGUCGUCAGAAGCUCAAAUCGCGAUUGGCGCCUUCUUUUCCUUACAUAAUCCUCCAGCAUCACAUGGUGGUGGUCGAUUACGAGAAUGUGGUGACAUUCGUGAAGACUAUGGUAUUCAUCGAGUAGAAGGCACAUUUUGGAUUCUUGAUCAAAUCAAUUUAAAUCAGUCUAUAUUACCAAAUAUUACUGUAGGAUAUCAAAUUCGUGAUUCAUGUUGGUAUGCACCUGUUGCUCUUGAACAAACUAUUGAAUUUAUUGGUAAUUCAGUAUUAAAUGUUGGAGAUUUAGCUACAAUUUCUAAUGGAAAUCGAGCUCAAUUAGCUGCUAUUAUUGGUCCUGGUGAUAGUUCAAUUACCAUGCAAACACAUAAUAUAUUACAAUUAUUUGAAAUGCCACAAAUUGGUUAUUCAUCUACAGCUAAACAAUUAAGUGAUAAAGAAAAAUAUAAAUAUUUUACACGUGUUAUUGCAUCUGAUACUCAACAAGCACAAGCAAUUGUUGAUAUUAUUCGACAAUUUCAAUGGAGUUAUGUUGCUACAAUUGGUACUGAAGGUGAUUAUGGUCGUGGUGGUGUAGAAGCUAUUCGUCGUUUACUUAAUAAAGAUGCAUGUAUUGGUGCAGAUUUAACUAUGCCAAUUGGUGCAAAUAUGACAGUUGCUAUUCAAUUAAUCAAACAGCUUGUAAUUCGAGCACCUCGUGUACAAGUACUUAUAUGUUUUUGUCUUGAUCAUUCUAUUCGAGCUAUUUUACAAGCAAUAAAUGAAUUAAAUUAUACACAACGAUUUAUUAUUCUUGCAAGUGAUGCUUGGGCAGAUCGUCUUAAUGUAAUACCAAAUAAUACUGAAACUGUGGCAUUAGGUGCAAUUACAAUUAAAGCACGUUCAUUACGUGUACCCGGUUUUGAACAAUAUUUUCGUAAUUUACAUGUACAUAAUAAUACACGAAAUGUUUGGUUUCGUGAAUAUUGGCAACAAAAAUUUGCUUGUACAUUAAAUGGUUAUAAUAAUAAUUCUAGUCGUCGAUCAAAUAAAUAUUCUCGUAUAUGUUCACCUGAACGUGAAAGUCUUAAGACAGUACCUUAUAAUGAAGAUCCAAAACUUGCAUUUGUUAUUAAUUCUAUAUUAGCUGUUGUACAUGGUCUUGAUAAAAUGCAUAAACAAGUUUGUAAUGGAACUAAUGGUUUAUGUCCAGAUAUGGCUCGUAUGAAUUCAUCAUUAUUAAUGCAUUUUUUAAAAAGUAGUCGAUUUACGGGAAUUACUGGUGAAGAAGUAUUUUUUGAUGAAAAUGGUGAUGGUCCUGGAAGAUAUGAUAUAUUAAAUUUACAAGGUAAUGCAGAUGAUUUCAAACAUCAUCUUCAUUAUGUUCAAGUUGGAACAUGGAGUACAGGAAAAUUAAAUUUAAAUACAUCAGCAAUACGAUUUUUUUCUGAUCAACGUCCAUUAGAACAACUAAAUGUUCGUCGUUUUUGUAGUGAAUCUUGUCAAAUUGGUCAUGUUAAGAAAUAUACAGAUGAAGAUAAAUGUUGUUGGAAAUGUCAUUCAUGUGGUGAUGCUAUUGUACUUGAUGAAACGACAUGUUUUACUUGUCCACCUGGAUUUUGGCCUAAUGAUGAUCAUACAGCUUGUGGUCUUCUACCAAUAACAACGAUCAAUUUUCGUCAUCCAUUAUCAAUUAUAAUCUGUUUCGUAGCUGCUGUUGGUAUACUUAUUAGUUUUUUUGUUGUUUAUAUAUUUGUACGUUUUAAUGCAACACCAGUUGUUAAAUCUACAACACGAGAAUUAAGUUAUUUAAUAUUAAUGGGUAUUUUAUUUUGUCAUUUAACAGCAUUUGUUGUUUUACAAAAACCAUCAUUUAUUAUAUGUGUUUUAACACGUUUAUUACCUGGUAUAUCAUUUUCAAUGAUAUAUGGUUCAUUAGUAACAAAAACAAAUCGUAUAGCACGUAUAUUAGCACGUAGUAAAAAGAAAAUUAUAACAAGACGAUUAAAAUUUAUGAGUGCAAGACAUCAACUUGCAAUAGCUUGUUUUAUACUUGUUACUGAAGUAACUAUUGUUGCUGUUACUGUUUAUCGUGAUCCACCAAAAGCUGUUUUAAUUGAAACAGGAGGACGUUUAUUACUUACAUGUAAAAAAUCACUUCAAGGUAUUGUAGCUCCACUUGGUUUUGAUGGUCUUCUUGUUUUCUUAUGUACACUUUAUGCUAUAAAAACAAGAAAUUUGCCAGAAAAUUUUAAUGAAGCAAAAUUUAUUGGUUUUUCAAUGUAUACAACAUGUGUUAUAUGGUUAGCAUUUGCUGCCGUGUAUUUUGCUAUUGAUGUUAAAGUUUUUUCAUUAUGUGUUGCAACUAAUGCAAGUGCUUAUGUUGUACUAAUAUUUCUUUUUUUCCCAAAACUUUAUUUAAUUAUAUUCAAACCAGAAAAAAAUCAACGAAGUGCAUUUGCAACAAAUAAAGAUAUUCGUUGUCAUUUUGGUUCGUCAACAACAUCAAAAAGUGACAUGUCAUCUUAUCGUUAUAGUGAAGCUUCAUCAUUAUUUCGUAAAUCAGUAUUACAUCGUAUUCGUUUUGGUAAUACAUUACGAUUAAAAGCUGAAUUUCCUAAUUCAGCUGCAUCAUCAUUACGUACAAAUGAUUUUCCUGGUAGUGAUCGUCGUCCAUCACGUUCUCUAUCAGCUUAUCCAGAUCAAUGGACGCAUCAUCAUCAUCAUCAUCGUCGUUUGUCAAAUACACCACAAUUACCAAUAGCAACAGCUAGUGCUGAUGAUUUAUCUUAUCGUACAAGUAUAUUAACUCAGAAAACAUUAGAUACUAUACCAGGAACAUUAGUAAUAGAUUUACCUCUUAUUGCUCCACCGCCAACACCGACACCAAUGUUAUCAUCAUCUUCUUUAGCAACUUCAGCUAUUAUUACUGAGCUAGAAAAUAAUGACAAAUCAUCGAUCAUUCCACAACAACAACAACAGUCAGUAACACAUUUACCAGAUUGUAUUUAUGCAACAAACCAAUCGAACAAUGUGAAUUCUAUUGGAUCUAAUGAUUGUAUUCGACAACGAGGUAAAAGUCAACGUAAGAAGAAUCGUAUAGAUUCAAAUAAUGAUUUAACAUUUUCAAUGAAAACAAAUGAUAUUGAAAGUGAAUCAUCAAGUGCAUGGACAAAUGAAGGUAUAGGAAUACAUCCUAUUCCAACAUCGAUAACAAAUCCUGAAUCUGUUUGUGCAUGUCAAUUAUUAUGGCAAUUAGAAAGAGAAACCGAUAGUAUUGAUAAAUUUAAAUUAUUUUUUAAACGUGACCAUUUAAAUGUCGAUUGGGAUUAUGUACAAGGUUCGAGUGAAGUUUAA